AUGAAACAAAAGAAACGAUGCAUCAAAUAUGAAGGUGGAUUAAAACAUGAUGAAAACUAUCAGAAAAAUGACAGUUUUCUUGUAGAUAACCCAAAGGACGACACACCAGAAGAACUCACACCAGAAGAACUCACACAGGAAAAAUCCGUAAAGGAAAAAUCCGCACAGGAUAAAUCCGCGCAGGAAGAAUGUCCCCCCAACAAUAUGAACAAUCAUAAUUUCAAUCAGCAAAUUCAAUUAAAUGAUGAUGACUUGUUCAUGACUUUGAAUAAAACAUUUGUACCCACAAAAAAUUCGAAUUUGCAGGAUCGUAUUUUCAAUGAAGGUGAAGCAAGCGUCAUGCAUACACACAAACAUCAAAAUCAAGAUUCGCAGGAUCUUUUAAAUUUAUGCAAAGAUAAAAACGAUCCAUAUGAAAAAAAUUGCACGUAUCCAUGGUACAAUGAAAUUGAUGAAGCUACAUCCAUAGAAAUGACACAUGAUGACUUUUUAAAUGGUAACUACAGCAAAUCUAGGAGUAUGUCCAUGAAUUUUACCGAUAAUUCAGACAGUUGCAGGGGUACUUAUAUUUUUCCCGACCAAGGGAUAUCAAGUGCCCAGGUUAAAAGUAAAGAGCUCUGUAAAUCAAGGAGUACUCAUGGUAACAGCGAACCGUAUAAUGAUUGUAAGAAAAAUGAAUCUAAAUGUGAACAAAUUGGUGUAUCUGGGGGUGGCACUAACGUUAAUGGAAAUUCGAAGGAUGAAGCGACUGAGGAGGGUAAGGGGAUUGAGGAGGGUAAAGAGACUGAGGAGGGUAAGGCGGCUAAAGAGUGUAAGGAGGAUGAGGAUAAAAAAUAUUUAAGUGCGCCUAACGGUGGAAACAAUCGAAAUGAUGAGGGAAAUGAAAACAAUGGGGGAGGAAUCAGUGGAAUCCAUAGUGGUAAUAAUAACAGCAAGGGAGAAAAUAGCCAAAAUGGAGAAGAAGGGAAUGACAAAAGAGAGACGAAAGACGACACAAAUAAUGAUGAGAUAGAAGGAGAUUCUUAUAGAAAUUGCGUCAAUUUUUCAGUGCAGGAGGACUAUAAUGACAAUAUUCAGAAAGACACUCAUGACAGUAAACAGUACAUGAAUGACAAUGCAGAAAAAAGUGCUGAUACGAAGGAAGGUAUUGAUUGUGUUAUCAUAGAUACCGAGGAGGUCACACUGGUAGAUGAAGCUAAUAGAGUGGAAGCCCCACCCCAGGCAGAGGAUUCUCCUUACGAGGCAAAUCUGUUAAGCCAGAUAAAGGAUCUAAAAGAUACCAUAGAAAAUAUGAAGAAAGAAAAAAUACAUCUGCUAGCCAAAUUUAAAGUGUACACAUUAAAUAACAAAAAAGAAAUUGAGGAGUUGAAAAAAAAAUGUCAAGACAAGGAGGACCAAAUUGAGGAGUUGAAAAAAAAAUGUCAAGACAAGGAGGACCAAAUUGAGGAGUUGACAAAAAAAUGUCGAGGCAAGGAGGACCAAAUUGAGGAGUUGACAAAAAAAUGUCAAGACAAGGAGGACCAAAUUGAGGAGUUGAAAAAAAAAUGUCAAGACAAGGAGGACCAAAUUGAGGAGUUGACAAAAAAAUGUCGAGGCAAGGAGGACCAAAUUGAAGAGUUGACAAAAAAAUGUCGAGGCAAGGAGGACCAAAUUGAAGAGUUGACAAAAAAAUGUCAAGACAAAGAGGAAGAAAUCGAAAGACAUCUUGUUGACAUUAAAAAGAAGGAAAACGAAAUUGAUGAGAUAAAAAAGAUAUGCAACGAAGAAAUGGAGGAAUAUAAAAGGAAAGCGGAAACGGAGUUGAAAAUGGAAGUAGAAAUUGAAAAGGAACGACAUAGAGAGUUAAAUAAAAAAUGGGAAAUGUUGAAUGAGAUAAAUGAGAAGAUGGACAAAGAAGCGAAGAUUCAUGCAGAGGAGUUAAAGAGACUGGAGACAGAAAAUAAUACAUUGACGGAAAAAUUGGAAGAACUGAAAAAAAACAGUGAGAAUGAGAAAUCCAAAAUGAGCAUAUUAAAAUUAGAUCUUUUGGAUGAAGAUGUGCUAUUUUGCAUUAGCUAUGAAUCUACGCGCUUAGUAUGUUUUUCAAAAAAAGGAGAAUAUCAUAUUAUCUCAGAAGACGUGUUCAAGCAAAAUUACAGGAAUUUAAAAAUACCUUCAUGUGUAGAAGAUAUACAUAGAAAAGAAAUGGAGGAAUAUAAAAAAGAACAGGAUGUAUGUGUAAAAAAAAUAAAAGAUGAAAAAGAUGAAAUUGAAAAAGAAUUUCAAAUAUAUAAAGAGAAAGUAAAUACCUUAAUCAAUGAAGCUAAUGAAACUUGGAAAAAUUUGGAUGAAAAAAAUUGCACCAUUCAACAGUUAAAUAAUUCUAUAAUGAAAUAUGAACAAGAUAUUGAAACGUAUAAAAAUGAAGUAGCAACCAUCAGUGAAAAAUAUAAAGUACUUGAAUUACAAAUUUGUAAAGAGAAAAAUGUUCGAGAUGAACAAGCGGGGAUUAUAGCAGGAUUGAAAAAACAAAUACAGAAAGAAAAAUUCGAAAUUAUAAAAAAAUGCAAAGAACAAUUUGAUGAAGAAAAUCAAAGGAAAAUUAACGAAAUGAAAGUUGUUUUCGAUAAUAAGGAAAAAUUACUGCAAAAUAAAAUUGAGUCUCUCCUUUAUCAGAUGCAGAAAAUGGUCUUUUCGAAUGAAGAGAAGUUAUUAUCACCCCAACCACAGCUCCAGGAAGAGCAGCACUCAGAGCAGAUGUCGGAGCAAAUGUCGAGGAAGCAAUUGCAUCCACUUUUUGGUAAUGAAACUCCCGGUGCUCUCAAAAAUGGACAAGUAAAUUUUAUUUCCUGUGAAGGAGAAAAAUGUCGAAAAGAAGCUCACGAGGAAAAGAAGUCUCAAGAAGUAAACCUUGAAGAGAUUGGAUUCUGGAAGAGUGACGCACAUCAUAAUAGCUUUGACAACAAAAUGGAUGUAAUAUCUUCGAAUAAAAGUUUCGACAAUUGUACCAGUAAAGGUGAAUCACAUCAUCUACUUAACAAUUGUAACAUUGUCUAUAAUGGCAGAAAUGAUGAUACAAAAAUACCAAUAUACCCAAAUGAAUACAAAAAAAUACGGAAAAAGUUAGAUGCCUAUGAAUUUGUUAUAAGUGAAGAAAAGAAAGACAAGAAAAAUCUUCUUGAACGCAUUAACUUUCUGAAUAGUCAGAUAAAAAAUUAUGAAUCCAUUAGUGGAAAUUAUGAACACGCCAUGUAUCAGAAAAAUAUUCUGCAAAAUUUUAUCUCUCAAAUUCCGUCCAGCAUCAAAAUAGAUGAUUACGUUUCGGUUAUUUACAAUUCGUUCAAUUUCUCUCCUCAGGAAAUUGAGCUUAUAAAUUCCAAGAGAGCCAAGAGAUGA